ACGUGGGGAGUUUGAACACUGACCAACAUGGCUGCGUGCAGUGUGGAGCAGUUGUUGGCUAAAGCCGAGCAAGAAGAGGCAGAGAAGCUGAAAAGCAUCUCCGUCCACAAGGAACUGGACCUGGACUUUGACGUCGGGAAUUUGCUCGCUUGUGACAAAAACCGCAUCGAGUCCAGAGACUUCAGGGAGCAGAAGAAGGAGGACUUUCUUCGCUCGUUAGCUCGCGACAACACGCAGCUCCUCAUCAACGAAAUAUGGAAACUGCCCACGGAGAGAGUGGAGGAGGCGAUAGUGGCCAAACUACCGGAGCCGGCGACCCCGCUGCCCAGAGAGAAGCCGCCUCCGAAGCCCAGACCUCCGACUAAAUGGGAGCAGUUCGCCAAGCUGAAGGGCAUCCAGAAGAAGAAGAAGACUAACCUGGUGUGGGACGAGAACGCGAAGGAGUGGAGGAGGCGAUGGGGCUACAAGAGAGCCAACGACGACACCAAGGAGUGGCUGAUCGAAGUGCCGGAGACCGCAGACCCCAACGAGGACCAGUUCGCCAAACGCGUAAAAGCCAAGAAGGAGAGGGUGGCCAAGAACGAGUUCAACAGGCUGAGGAACAUCGCCAGGGCGCAGAAAGUCAAAGUCCCCGGUGUGGGCCUGACCCCCAAAGCCCAGCAGUCCAAAGACGAGCUGUCCAGAGCGGUGAGUGUCGCCAAAACCUCCACGGCCUCCAUGGGCAGGUUCCAGGACCGCCUGCCCAAAGAGAAGGCGCCCAAGAACCAAGGUAAGAAGAGGAAGUUCGAGCCCCUCAUUGGGGACUUUUCCAGCGAGAAGCAGAGGCAGCUGGAGCUUUUGAAAGUCAUGGACAGCAAGAAGCCCAAACUGGACAUCACCAAGGCAGUGAACAAGCAGAUGAGAGAGGACGACAGAGAGGAAGCCGCAGCCAAGCACAAGAAAGGAGCAGGAAAGAAGGGACGGAAAGGAAACAUGUUAGGGAAAGGGAAAGGAGGGAAAGGAAAAGGAGGAAAAGCUGGAGGAGGAGGGAAGAAGAAAGGCAAGCCUGGGAAGCACUGAGGACUCUGGUGAACUCUGUCCAGGUUGGAAAGCGUUGGAGUGGACGUUCAUGAUGCUAAUAUGGACCUGAGCACCUGUUACUGACAGGAUAUGUGUGGCUAUUCUGCUCUGUGUAAAUUAAUCUGACUGUAAGCUGGUCCCUGGUGAUUAAAAUGGUAAAAAUGUCUAAUGUUCUUGUAAAUCACUUUACAAAUAUACUUUAAUAUUGCAGUACAAACCGAAA